ACAGCUAAUGGUGGCAGCCGCAGCUGAACCUGUCAAUGCCAAUGGUAAUAUAUUAUACACUGUAUACUUCUUGCUAUAAAGCUGGUCGAGCACCAAUGUGAAGGCCGGAAUAAAGCAACGGAAGGCAAAUCUAGAUUUCGCCGCAUUAAUUCUGUUCGUUCUCCUUAUAAAACUGGUUGAAACAAUAUUUAGAAAUGGGUGGAAUGUUGACCUUGCAAGCCGCUCCAUUUUAUUUCAUGCUAAGGGAUCCGGUCCAUAUUUAUCAACAUUUUCACAAGCGUACAGAGAGUAUUCCUCCCAUCAAAGCGUACUUUUAAAUUGUUAAAUCUCGGGAAUGAUGAUGAUGAGUCUUUCAGUUAAUCAACAUUUUAAGAAGCGCACAUCAGCAUUAACCCCCCCCCCCCCAGUUUUUCAAAGCUAUAUUAGCGCUAACCCUCGUUUAAAAUUUAACCGGCCGCUGUUUUAGUUUGUUUAUGUCUACACGUCUGUUUAUUUCAAAACGUCAAAGAAGAAAACUUCCACUGAGUGAUAAUAAUACUAAUAACUAAGUUACCCGAACUAACUAAUAAUAAUAACUAACUGAGUUAGUGACUAGCUUAAUAACUAAGUGAGUUACCCGAAAAUUGAACUUGGUGUUCAGCGAAUAAUGUCUAUUCCUGUUUAGAGGGUCCUGAAGGGGUGAAAUGGGAACUAGAAUUUGCCUAUUUUUGGACUGGGAAAAUGGGAUUUGGGUUACUGGAACUGAGAAUGAUAGACACAGAAUUAGGAAUGAGAAAACCCGCAUACUAUUACAAAAGCAGUUGUAGUUGGAUAUUUCAGAGUGAAAUAUAACUUUAAGAAAAGCUAUUGCACGUCAGCUAUUUAUUUACACAGCGAGCUUGGCCUAGUUUUAACUAAGAGAGUGAUUGAACCCAGAAUUGCAUUUUAUAAGCCUUCGCAUAGACGAACCACCUGCUCUGCAGUUUCCUUUCAAUUUCACAGUUUCCCUGCAUGGGAUUUGGUCUAAAAAUGUCUGGAAAUGGGAUUUAGAGAAAAUUUGUGCUGUGAUAUAGCAUGUAGACCCUCCCUCCCCCCUUCAGGAUCCUCUUUGUAAUUCAUUAUUUUUGUUCUCAAUCACUUUUGUUAUACAUUUUGUUUCAGAAACGGGUAAACCAAACUAUAGUCAGAUUUACAUUUAUCUCUCAAGUCUACUGAAAGGUGAAACUCCAUCAUCACUUCCUCCACUCGGUAUGUUAACUAUUGUAAAAUUCCGUCAAUCAAUGACCGGACAUAUACUUCCAGGGGCGCCAGAACCACGAGGGCAGCUAGCUGUCCCCGUUGCCCAAACAGUAUGGGUGCAGCAAGUUGCCUUUUUUACAAGAACUACAUACACUUCGAAAGUCGUGCGUAACCUCUUAAUGUUUUCAUCCAUGACAUAAAAUAAUUACCAAAUCUAGAUUAUCAUAAGACGUGCCUAAAAUACAUGAAACGCUAUCGCAGACCCUAAAAAUAGAACAAUAUUUUGGGGGGCCAUAUCUCAGGACGGGCGGACGAUUCACCCCCCCCCCCCGCACUCCUUUGGGUUGGCUACGCCCCUGGCUUCAGGCCCUCUGUAUCGGUUUCUUCUUUUGAGCAAUUUUAUACAAAUAAACCCGAGAAGAGUUUCUCUGACCUGUUUGGUGAAUCUAAAGGCCUGAUUCCACAAUGACGAAAUUGUGUGCGCAAAAUUGUGUCUGCGAAAUGUGGAUGGUUACACAUGAGUGAUUUUAUUAAAUUUUGCCACUUUAUUCGCUUUUGCAGUGAGUAGAACUGGCUCAUGAUGACUUCUACUCACUGGCGAAGCGAUAAUUUUUCUCGCGAAGCCUAAUUUAUCUUUACUGCGCAUGCAUGAUUUCAUUUCGUGCGAAAUGUUUCGCAUUUCGCCAUGAAAAGGCGCUCGUGGAAUCAGACCUUAUUAAAACGAACGAGACGCAAACUCAUUAUUAUGGCAGAAAUAAAUUUACGACGAAUUAUACACCUUUCUUUCGCGUAUGUCGAAAUUACAAUCUAUGAUCAAUGCUGUUUAUCUUGUAUGCAUGCAGUUCAGUGUAUUACCAGCACUGUUGACAGUUUAGUCCGAUCCGACAAUAUUUUGUGUUCACAUUGACCAUCCCACCCCCAAAUUUCUGGGCUUGGGAAGACGCAGACCUGUCUGAGCAACUCGAACCGGUUUUAACGUAGCUGCUGUCUAAAAUGAAAUUGUUAUGCUUUGAUUUGAUUUUAUUUGUUUUCGGUAAAUAAGUCUUAGAUCUUUUAAUGUACACUUUUUAGGGCAGAUAGAGUAUUUUAAUUGCACUUUUGCCCCAAUGGCCUCUUCCAUGUUUCGGCUUGUUUUAACUCAGUGGCGCAGGCACACAUGAAGGUUAUAUCGCCAUGUUUCGUGCAUGAAUAGGUUUCUCUUUUAUCUUAAGUCCAAUUACAAACCUAUCCUUAAUUAACCCUAGUGCGCAUGAAUCGUGAGGAAAUAACCUCAUGAAAAUGAGGCCAUUGGGGCAAGAGUGCAAUAAACAGUAUACAGUCUAUUGAUACGUAAAAGGACUUUUUGUGUAAUAUGUUAAUAAAACAUAAUAAAUAACGGGACAAUUCCCUGGUAACAAACUCAAUUUCCGUACAAUCCUUUUCAUAAUGCUAACUUUAUCACUGCCCUAUCCCUAACCUUAAUCGUAGUCCUACUCCACGCAGGUGUUUGUGAUAUACGAAAUUAUUGGGCGCUUUCCAUUUAAUAGCCAGACUGGUCAGAUCAGAAUUUCUGUUUCUGUUUACAGUAAUGGAAGAUCUAGUUUAUGUUCCUCGAAUAUAUAGCAAAAAAUGAACCUCGUAAUUUGAUCCAAAUGGUCCGAUCAAAUAGGUCCGAAGGCCGAACCCGGCCAAACGUUCAUGUUCUAUUCAACAAUUUGAGCGUUCUGACUGGUCUGGCCGUGUUAAUGGAGAGCGCUGCUUGGUAAUUCCGAAUGUCACAAAAACCAAAUUCAAUGACUGUUUUAUAGUACAUUGCAUUUUCUCUUUUGACAAACAAUGAUUUGUGGCACGAAACAACGUUUAGUUCUCAAGAAAAGCAGUGAAAACGGUUUAAAAUAUGACAAUAACAGCCUAAAAAUAUUAGAAUACUCGUUUACCUAUCAAUAUUCCGAUAAAAAUAUAAAAAUUGUUUUUUGCACAAAAGCAUUCACACAAACGUCGUUCGUUCUCCUUGUUUCUUCUCUGUUUUUUUUUGUUUUUGGUUUUUAUUCGUAUAUAAAGCUAUCGCUUACUAUAAAAUUUCAUACCGCUGGGUCAAACUACAGAUAACACUGUUAUCUGUUGGUUUUGUGAUUAGUUCCAUAUUUGACAUGAUGGCCAAUAAGAUGACGUACAUGUAGUCAGGGCCGUAACUUGGGUAUUACGGCUGGGGGGGGGGAGCUUGUUUUGCCCUACCAAUAGGGCGUGGCAGAAGUCGUGCCCGACGGACAUUUCAGGCCCUGAUUAAUAUUUCUUUUACCUAAAUUGUUGGCAAAGCGGGGGCACACUAUUUUUCACUAACUUACCGAAAUUUGUACAUUUUUUCAGUAAUACUUUUGUUAGAGACCGGUCAUUAAUAAUGGAAGGAUGGGGGAGGCGGCUUCAACUUUUUUGCCUGAAUUGGGAGCAGUCUCAAACUGAAAAAUAUGUGACAAGGGUCAACCCCAAUUUUUUCAUACUUUCCUAAUCAUUUUCAAUCUCUCGCCUUUAUCGUAUCCCACAAAAUAUUUCACCUUUUUUAGUUCCUAUAAUCGUAGUUUCCAUAUGUAUAUGCAGUUCACCAUAGGAGUCUAAGUAAAUAACAACCUGAGUGUAUAUCCACACCGGGCAAGCUUGAAAAAUAUGCCUGACCACGGUGGGAAUCGAACCUACGACAUUUGGAAGACUAGCCCAAUGCUCUGCCAACCGAGCUACGCGGUCUGGUCGGUUCGAGUAUGUGAUAUUUCGGAACAGAAUCUAGUUCCUUUGAUAUCAAUGUUAUCUAAUAAUAAUCCGAAAUAUCACAUACUCGAACCGAUCAGACCGCGUAGCUCAGUUGGCAGAGCAUUGGGCUAGUAUUCCAAAGGUCGUAGGUUCGAUUCCCACGUUCGAAGGCAUAUUUUUCAAGCUUGCCCGGUGUGGAUAUACACUCAGAGUAACAUCACAAGCAUCAUAUUCACCUGAGUACAUUACACCAACACAGAUAAAUAACAACCUUUUUGAAUACUGGUCCUCUAAUUAUUUAGGAUACACAAAUACACAAUGUCUUACACCAGUACUUGUCUCAUUACCUAUUUUACCCCCAAAAAUGUAACGAAUUAAAUGUUGGAGUGGGGGGAGUCUUAAAUUUUCUUGAUGAAGGUGGGGGCGUCUUGAAAAUAAAGGUCUUGCGAUCGGGGGCGGCUCUAAAAAAAUUCAAUAUUUGUUGUUUAUCACCCACCGCCCCCAUUAUUAAUGACCGGUCCCUUAAUUUAUCAAAACAUAUCCUACAAUUAUUACUUUUCAAAAAAUUAUGUAACAUUUUCUGCUGAGUUACAUAUUUUUUGGCCGACGAGCGUGUCGUUAAAAUUGCUGGACAAAACUACAGUAUUACAACAUGGGGGGGGGGGGUGUCGCACUCCCCCUCCAUGCAGGAGUUACGGCCCUGCGUGUAGUGAGUACAAUGUAUAAUAAUAACUGUGAACGCUUACAUUUUUAGAAUCAUCUGUUGUACUAACCCUGAUUCAGGACAUCGUGAACAAGAUAAGAACGAGUGAUGUCAGUGGUCAAAUGUAUUACCUCUCAAACUGGUACAAACAAUUUCAAAGUGAAACUGAUACCACCAGAAAGAGUGACGGUGAUGAUGGUGAAGGAAAGACUCCGUCGAAAAGCAAUGUAUCGCCUGAUACGGUAAACGACAAGGAAAAACGAAAAGAUACUCCACAGCACGGAACCGAGACAAAUACUACCACAACACCCAGGCCAACGUCCUUAAAUCCAUUUCCAAAUGUAUCGCCUGGUACAGGUGCGGUAAAACGUACCUCGUCAGGACGAAUAGUGCGACAACGAGUUGACCUUGCAAUAUACAAUAGACAUGAAGAGACGAGUAAGAAGGAAGAUAAGAAUGUAAAGGACAAGGAAAAACGAAAAGAUUCUCCACAGCACGCAACCGAGACAAAUACUACCACUACACCCAGGCCAACGUCCUUAAAUCCAUUUCGCAUCCCUGUUAAUUUACUCAAUUUCAAACAAACGCAAAGUACAUUAGUUACGAGGCAAGCGAAAUAGUUCAUUUUCUAAUUACGACACCCCUUUGUAACAUGCACACGCGUGAAGAACCCAAAAUUGCCGCCAGAUCUUACCUUGAUUUUGGCCACAGAGGACAAAUAGGAAUACACGGUAUUUGAAUACAAGAAAACCUGUGAGUUUCUAAAACAACAUCUAGUUUCUUUUGCAGGAACAAAUUACUGGCAGGGGAAUUCUAAGGAACUUCACAGCUCCCAGAGAGCAAGAGCUGUUACACAGGGGUGCAUUACAGAUGAUGUUUAUAACACCAAGCUCGAGUUGAAAUAUUUAUUUGCCUUUGAAGUAUCAUCGAGCUAUUAUUGAACUGCUUAGUUUGCAAUAUUUGCUAUCUCAAUAAAAAAUCAAAUAUUUCGUUCACA